AUGGCUGGGAACAAGAAACAGCGAAUUGAUAAAUACUACUUGAUGGCCAAGGAGCGAGGGUACAGGGCUCGAUCUGCCUUCAAACUGCUUGAAAUAAACAAGAAGUACGGCUUCCUGGGUGACUGUCGAGUUGCAGUCGACCUCUGUGCUGCUCCAGGAGGAUGGCUUCAGAUUCUCAUGCAAGAAAUGCCGCCUACCAGAAAGAUAAUUGGGGUCGAUUUGGAUCCAAUUGAGCGAAUUGGAGACUGUGAGACGUUUAGAGCGGAUAUAACGACCGCAGAAUGCAGGAGGGAGCUCAUCUGUCGCCUCGAUGGCCACAAGGCGGACGUAUUCGUCCACGACGGGGCACCGAACUUCGGAACGAGUCGCGAGAGAGACGUAUUCGUUCAGAAUGACCUGGUUUUGGCUGCCUUGCGUCUUGCAACUGAGUUUCUGGCUGAUGGUGGGACAUUUGUGACCAAAAUUCAUCGAUCUGAGAACUUUACCAAAAUCACCAAUUUGCUGGGGGAGCUGUUUGGUCGCGUGAAUGUCACGAAGCCAAUGAGCUCACGAGACGAGUCAGCUGAGAUAUUUGCAGUUUGUAGGGAGUUCAAGAAUCCAGAGGAGAUCGAUGUUCGCAACUUCGACUCAAACCACCUUUUUGCUGAAAUAGAGGAGGAUACGAAUAUUUAUAAAAGUACCCUUCUUUCAGACUGGAUCGUAGGGAACAAUCCCAUUCAACUGUUCCAGAACACGGGGUCAUUUUUGGUUGAUUUUGAGUCAGCGCUAUUUGAUGAUGAAUUUAGGGCAAAUUGCAGGGAUCUGAAGCUGGUGGGACCAAAGGAGAUGAGACAGAUGAUUAGGGUGAGACAGAAGGUGAUCAGAAUGACCAAAAGUGGGAAACUAGAAUGUGAUGGAUUGGUAGCAAGUAAGUUUGAAAUCAGGUUUAGUAGAAAGGAUAAGAAGGAUGAGUUGAGUGAUGGGGAUGAGGAUGUUUUGGUGAAACUGGAGGAAGAAAUAGAGAGACAGAAUAAGAAGAAGGAGAGGAAGAGUGGAUUCUACGAUGACAGGGUAUUUAAAAUGGACGAGGUGGCAUUGAGGAGGAAGAAUGAAUUUGCAGAAAUGGACUCAUGUGAGAGUGGACCAGGAGAGGAUGAAGCAAUAAUCAACGAUGAAAGCAGCUGUUCCACCGACUACUCCCUGAAUGAGUCGGAAUUGGAGUGUCUUGCAAUGUUGAAGGAGAAUCCAGAACAGUUCAAGGAGAGCACCGUUGAUAGGCACCUGAUUGAUUCAGACGAUGUGUGUUUGCCAGGUGAAGAGCGAGGAGCAAGAAGAGGGGUAGUUAGGCAACGAAUUAGCAGGAAGGAAUUGGAGGCAAUGGGAAGGAAGAAAAGACGAGCAUUGAGACGAAGUAGCAAGAAAAUGAAUGAGAUUGAGAUUGAGGACGAGCAGGAAGAGGCAACUCUCUAUAAGAAGAUUCUAAGAGGGGAAUUCAGGAAGCAGAGGAAGAAGAGGCGACUUGUUUUCGCAAACCAGAAAGGUGGGCAUUCCAAGAUACCACGAGGCCAAGGACACGUCCUACGACUUGAUCGCAGGAUGAAACACGACAUGUAUCUGGCAAAAAGGAAGAAACAACACAAGAAGGCAUGA